AUGCAAAAAAAAUAAGAAAUUUAAAUUUAAAGCGAUAACAUAAGAGACAAAAAUGAUUCAAUUAGUCUCGAUGAAUAGUAGCUUUAUAAUCUACCUUAGAGAUAAAAGUUGUUAUUGAGCGAAUAGUAUCAUUCUAUUCGAAACUAAUUAUCCAUUCAAAAGUAGAACUAAUAUACUUAAAAGGCUUAAAAAUUAGUCGAUGGCAUUGAUAAGGUGUUGGAAUCUGAUUUAUAUUCCUGGGAAGAAGAAAAGUAGUGGAAAUUUAAUCUACCUAAAACUGUAUUUGAAGGUGAUUAGUCUCCAAUAAAAUUCUUUCAACCAGAACUAGUAUAUGGCAAUUAAGACAUGAACAGGUUAACUCUCUAAUAAAUGAUUUCUAUAGAGUAGUCAGGAAAAUUUAUUGUCAGUGGAAAAAAUGAAGAAUCAUCUAAAGUAUGGAAAGUGAGUCCUUGGAUAGUUCGAGGACAAAAUUAUAUUAAUGAGUGCUAUUAUUCAGGGCUAAGCCGUUCUUAUUAUCAAUUACUUUAAAUCAAGAAAAGAUUAGGAUGGAAAUAUGCUUAAAACUAGUUUCUUGGAUAUAAGCUUUUUAGACCAAACUUUUUUAAUGGAUUAAUUGGUAUUUCUUGUGUAUUUACUAAGUUGGCAUCUAUAACUAUUGGUACUUAGCAAUUAAAUAUCUAAGGUAAGGACUAAAUUUUAAAUGAAAUAGCAAGAGAGAGGAAAAAAGAAACUAUAAAGAUGUAUUAGCCUGAAAUUAAAACAAGCUUUUUUGAAUACUUCAGAAUAAAAAAUGAUGAGGUUUUCUAUGACGAGAUUAGUAAUCAAUUUUACUAAAAUUUGAAAAGCGUAAAGGAACAGCUGGAAUCAUAAAAUCGAAUUGAAGAUUUUAAUACACUCUAAAAGGCAUUCGAAAUGGCUGCUAACGAACUAGAAAAAAGUAGAUUAAGUGAGCUGGAGAAAAUGAAUGUAGAAGAAAAGGAAGCCUUACAUAAAAUUUUUAAUGAAAAAUAAGAGCUUCUUUUUAGCAUGAUUUUAUCAUCAAAAUACAUAAAAGAUAAGUAAGUGUAAGAACAUUUCAUAGAAUUAAUAAAAGUUACUUAAAUUACAGAAAACCAUUACUUUAAACUUGAAAACGAUUUAAAGGAGUAUGCUAAAUAAGAAUAAAAUAAUUUAUCUGAUAAGCACCCAAUAAAAUCAAAAGUAUUUUCUUGGAUAGAGCAUCAAAUAAAUGAAUUUAUGACAGCAAAGAGAGCUGAAUUGUAGAUUGAGUGCAAUGCUCAGAUCAUCAAAGAAUUAGAAGAUAAUAACCUUCACUCUUAUGCAAAUUAAUUUAGAAGAUAUACUGAAUUUUAGUAAAAUCAAGAUGCUAUUUAUGAGUAAAACUAUGAAAGAAUCUAAAAAAUUAAAGAUGAACCUAGCAGAGUUUUUAAGACAUUUGAAUAAAAUAAGAAACCUUACAAAAUAUUGAGCGAUGUUUCCUACUUAGGAGAGACUUAUUAUUUUUUUGACGAAGCAAAGACUCAUUUAACACCUACAAGCUUCUUAGGAUGGAGGUUAGCUUUGCUAUUUACUAGAUAUAAGGCUUGGACAAAAAAUGUUUAUAACAUUUUAAUUGACAAUAUGAUAAAUGGAGAAUUAGGGUUAAAGGCUUUAUUCAAAACAAAACCCUUUCCUAGAGAUUAUAAUCUAGACAUAAAGACUGGCUAAUUGUAAGAAAAGUUAGUCGAUCCUUAUAUUUAUAGCUUAAAAGAAUCUCUUAAUUCAAUAAAAUAAUCUCUUAGAGACUUUGAAGCCUAGCCUGACAGAGGUAUUAUUGGAAAGAGUAUCUCUAGAGUUUUCAAAUAAAUCGAAUGCUUAAUUAGAUUAGCUUUAACAGCUAGUUUCAUUGGAAUUGGUAUGCCUGUAGGAAUUAUGAUUAAUACUACUUUAAGUUUCUUACUUGCUGUUACAUCUUGGGCUUGGAUUCCUGCUUGUCUUGUAUUAAGAUAGAUCUUCAAUAUGCUUAUAUUUGAUCUUGAUUAUCCUCAUAGCAUCGACUCUAGAAGAUAAAAUGAUUAAAGAGUCAUUAGUUCAUAAUUUUUUCCACUCCCAGCAGUAGUUUUUGACAUGUUUGUAGAUUAUUUAGAAGUUAGUAUCAGUUUGGCUAGUGCAUUCAUUAUACAUCCAGCUCUAUCCACAUUUAACUUUGCUAUUACUGCUUUAAGACGUGCAGGAUAAAGCUUGAGUGACGACAUUAUGUGCUUAAUUAUCUCCUUAAUAGGUAGACAGCCUGAAAUCGAUACUUUCUUAGCAUGGAAAGUAGGUAAGGCAGGAGAUGAGCAAUAACAAAUUUACUCAAUGAACAUUGAAGAUGUUUAAUUCUUGGUGAGAGCUCGUUUAGAGGAAAUUGAAUUGGAAGAGUAUCAAAGUAGAUUAUUAAAUAAAAUAAAUGAACCAAGUUUUAUUUUCGAUAAUUUAUCAAAAAAUUUAUUUCAGUUUUAUGAUCUUCGUUAACCAGAUAAUAGAAUAAUUAUUUCUAGCAUAGAAAUGUAUAUCUAGAUUUUAUAAAAGCAAAUUGAAGAAAGAAAGAAAAAUUACCCUUUACUACCAAAAUGCAACAUUAAAUUCACAGAUGAAGAGCUUUAAAAGCUUUUCUUUUAAUCUUAAAAUCUUGUUUAGAGUUUUGUUGAGCCAAGAAAAAUGGAUUGGGUCUUCUAAAAAUUUGAGAUAAAAUAAAAUGAUUAUAAAAAAUUAACAGAGAUGGUUUUGAUUGACAUAUUCGAAGAUUCUGAAAUCCUGUAUCCAAUCAGUGAAGCAGAUAAAAGAAUAUAGAUUAAAACAGAAAAAAGAAGCAACUUUGAUUCUAUUUAUAAUUCCAUAAUAAGUAAAAGUGGUAUUUACUCAUAAAACUAAAUAAGAUUUUAAAAAUAUAAAAAUAACUUCUUAUUCCCUUUCAUAGGACCAAAAGAAGUAUAGUAAAAUUUCGAUAAAAAGCAAAUAAACUAUAGCACUAUACUCAAUCCUGCAUGUGAAGCAUUUUAUUUUGAUCACAAAGACUAUGAAGAAAUAGUUUUACCAAAAAAUGACUAUUAAAAUGAUAAAAAUUGA